AUGGCAAAGAUGAUCCUUUACGACUUUAUAGAGAGUAGAUGUGUAGCAGAAUCAAGAUACAUGAUGGAUACACAACUAGAAAAACUCAUUAAGGAAGUUUCAGUUAGUGCACCAAAUGAUAUAGAAUAUAUAGCAAGAAGUUUAACGAUAAAGGAUUUAGACAAGAUCACAAACUCAGAAUUAAUUGUAUAUGGAAGAUUAUGUACAGCAUUAAGUGAAGCUGAAUGCAGAAGAAUAGAAGAAGGCCAAAUAGAAAAGUGGGCUAUUAAGGCCAGAUGGAAAGAACCAGAAAAAAAGGUAGAAUUGAAAGAAAGAAAUGCAGAAGAACCAAUACAACAAACUGAAAGUGAAAGAAAGAGAGAUGAACAAACAGAAAUUAUAGUAAUUUUAGACUCAGAUGCGAGUUUAUAUAACUGGCUUAAAGAAAAAAAUUGA